AUGGUGAAGACCUCGCGGUUGAGCACCAGGGCGAACAAGGGUUUUCCUCUUUCGAUCGUCCUCGUGUUGAUUAUCAUGCAGUGGAGUUCCUCCUCCUUCGGGGUCGUCAGGGCAGCUCGGCGUCAUCCUGGCGAAGUUACCAGGGGCGGCUCUGUCGGCAUGGCUACCCUUCCGACAUCCGGCAGAACGGCGUUCGGCGGGCGCAACAAGGAGGUCACCGAGGAGGUGCUCGGCGACGACAUGAGAAAGGUUCCCACUGGUGCCAAUCCCCUUCACAAUAGAUAG